AUGGCACCUUCCUUCGAGGAACCACUGCAAGAACCCGUCGCGGAGGUGCUGGAGAACCCUCUUAAGAAGAAACCAGAACUCGUCGCCCCAGAACCUGAACACUGCCCUGGCCCCGAGUCUGAACAAGCAGGCAAAGGUGAUGCCUGUGACGGGUGUCCCAAUCAAGCGAUAUGUGCCUCUACACCCAAGGGUCCAGACCCGGACAUCCCUCUCAUAACCGAACGGCUCGCCGGUAUAAAACAUAAAAUCCUUGUUCUGUCCGGGAAAGGCGGCGUCGGAAAAUCUACUUUUUCUACUCUCCUGGCCCACGCAUUUGCUGCGAACCCCGACUCGACCGUUGGAAUUAUGGAUACGGAUAUCUGCGGUCCUUCGAUACCUAAGAUGAUGGGUGUCGAGGCCGAGACAAUACACGUCAGCAAUGUCGGAUGGAGUCCAGUAUGGGUGACGGACAAUCUAGGGGUCAUGAGUGUUCAAUUUAUGCUGCCCAACCGGGACGAUGCCGUUAUAUGGAGAGGCCCGAAGAAGAACGGACUCAUUAAACAGUUUUUAAAAGACGUCGAAUGGGGCGAACUGGACUAUUUAAUCGUCGAUACCCCUCCAGGCACAUCAGACGAGCAUCUCUCGGUAAAUUCCUUCCUGAAGGAAUCCGGCGUGGAUGGUGCGGUAGUGGUAACGACGCCACAAGAAGUAUCUCUCCUGGACGUGCGCAAAGAGAUCGACUUCUGUCGGAAGGCUGGGAUUCGAGUGCUCGGGCUGAUUGAGAACAUGUCUGGUUUUGUCUGUCCCAAAUGCACCCACGAAUCUCAGAUAUUCCGGGCAACGACAGGAGGAGGGCAGAAACUCUGUGCAGAUAUGGGCAUCCCUUUCCUGGGCUCGGUACCGUUGGAUCCGCGGAUAGGGAUGGCAUGCGAUUUUGGUGAAAGCUUCAUGGACAGUUUCCCAGACAGUCCAGCUUGCAAGGCAUUGCGACAAGUUGUAAGAUCAGUCGGCCGAUUGAUUGGCGAGGACCCCGACCAAGUUCUUCCGGAUGGACCGAUAUAA